AAUGUUUCGGAAACCGUGUAUAAAAAACGAGUGGACCUCAGGGAUCAGUCAUUCCGCGCUUGACCAGGGUGCGCGCCUCUCCGCUCCCGAAUAACUAGUGUGGAGCCUCCUGAACCCUCGCUCCUUCAGUCCUGGCUUUGACUUUGUAAAGGGUGAUCGUUUUGCUCGCAUCUGUAUCCUCUACGGCAGUGCAAUGUUUCCGGAUAUGACUGGAACGACUCGCUUCCUUUUGAGCUUGGCACUGCUUGCCUCGACAGAAGCUUUCUUCUUAAAAUGGGGUUCGGACACGUCGCAGCCGUCGUCAUCAAAAUGGGUUCAGACUUUAGGGCCUAAUAUGUCUCCCGCCUAUCGGUAUCAGUAUUACUCGCCGUACGAGCCCCGCAAGGUGUACCAAAUGGCACCCCAGCAGUACCAAGCCGAGAUGCCGAUGCACGCACCGCCGAGCAUGGCGCCCAUCCCUAUCAGCAUCCCGGCCGGCGCCAGCCUGACCCCGGUGUCCCUCCAGCACGUGCAGCUGGUGCCCUGCAUGUGUCCCGUCGCUCCCGAAGAAGCCGAGAAGCUACAGGAACAAGUUGGUCCUGGACCUUACUUGGCUCAAACCUACGCCCCGCAGUCUCAUUCCGUCCCGCAACAAAUGACUGUCGCCGCUGCCGACAAUACCAAAAUCUCAUCCAAUCAAUAGGGAUUGUGUAACUUAAUCAUUAUUGCAGCGCAAUAAAGUCUAGUGCCUUAUCGU